GCUCCCUAUAAAGGAGGUGAGGAGGACCUGUUGCGCUCUUAUCACCGAGCUGAGACACCAGAGAGUGAACUCAGCCUGAACUCGACGUGGAUUCCCGGGACUUGUGAUCUUGUCACUGUCUGACACGAUGGAUUUUAAAGCGUUUGGAGAGGAGUCGUGCGAGGGACGCGCGGAGGACCUGGACAGCGUGAAGGCGCUGACGGAGAAGCUGAAGCUCCAGACGCGCAGACCGUCCUAUGUGGAGUGGCAGGAGCGCGUCGAGAGCCGGCCGUGGGAGGACAGCGUCCCAGUGGACAAGGACACUGGGAGUCCGGACUCUGCGGGGGGGCAGGCCGUCUCGGUGCCUGUGCUUUUACGCAAUGAGAACUCAGAACUGGUCGUGCGCAACAUCUGUGGCUUUGAGACUAUUGAUGAUGCUUUGGAGUUUCUGAGAAAAGAGCUGAGAGAGAUGCAAGUCCAGGACAACCGCUUGGCCCGCCAGCUCAUCCGCCUGCGUGGGGAGAUCCACCGGCUGAAGGUGGAGCAGCAGUGCGACCGCCACAAGGAGAUGCUGGACAACGCCACGUACGAGCUGGAGGAGUGCGAAGAGGAGUCGGACCUGCUGUGUGACAUCCCCAUGAAGGCCGCCUUCGCCCUGUCCACCCCGCUGAAGCACCUGGGCCUCACCAAGAUGAACAUCAACUCCAGGCGGUUCUCACUGUGUUGAAAGCUUCAUUAAUGUUGCUGAGAAUCUUCCAGUCCACUCCUCUGACUCCUCUGAGCUUGUGUAGACACAUUAUUCUCAUUGUUAUUAUUAUUCUGGCUGUUUACUCCUCUGGAGGUGUUCUGGUGCCAGAGUGGAGAGAGGCUGCCAGCUACUGCAGGGUGGAAAUGAAAAGGACUCAUUUGAUGUGCACAAUGGCUUGAUGUGCAUGGGUAAGCCUGUGUGUACAGACCUGCAGGGGCAAAGUUCUUUAAUACUGACACACCUUCCUGCUGGAUGGAGCCUGAGCUGCUCUAUUGACUGUUGUUUGCACAAUGCCACAUGAACCAAAGUAGAGAAAUGAAACGUAUGAAGUGUAAAGGUUGCAAAAAACAAGCCAUACUGUGAUACAGUUUAGAUCACUAGUGAUAUUUUUGACUGAAAUAAAAGGCAUGAAGGUGGCCUUUCUGCUCGAAUCUGGUCUUGGCACAGUUCAAAAAAAGCUCUCCAGUAACAGCUUUCACUCUAAGCAACAUAUUCCAGCUGCUGAUCCGUCAGUGCACUGUCCAUUUACCAGUAUUCUCAGAGGAGGUGGGAGGUCACACUCCAGCAUUUUUACACCCAUUCUUCACACACACUAAAAAUAUCCCCUAUACGCUCACCACUGCAGUGACACAACCCAGGAGGUCACAUGUGAUGCAUUUUGUUUUCCAUUACAACGGCCAGAAGCUGCAGAGCACAGACUGUAAGCUACGAAUGGCUGGACACUGACCAAAUAUAGUCUGCAUUGAGUUAUGCAGUUAACAAGUAAGAAGAAUAAAAUUGUUAUUCUUGAGGGAUAUUUUACUUGUUUACAGUUGUUUUGAAUGUAGAAAAACAUACUAAAGUUUUCUUAUUGAUGUUGUGAAAUCAUGCUACUGUAAAAUGAAUGUAUAUAUGAGACAAAUUGGAAUAAAAGAAAAAUGCCUUAAAAUGUAAACUGUCAUUCUCUUGCAAAUGCACUACAAUAUUAAACACACUUUACUAUA